AGCUUGACGUGACUUCCUGGAAGAUUGACAGCUCGCGCUCGCUCGCUCGGACCCUCGCGCUCCCGUUGUGUGAGCGAAGACUCCGUCUCGGGUCGGGAGCUGCCCCUCCGUGGAUCUAUUUCGGCUUUUUGAAGGGAGUUUCCGGGAGCAGACGCCCCGGCGGAAGUUUUCCCGCCCCACGGGCUCCGUGAGCGAAGCGGCGGAUUCGCAGAAAGUCGGAAAAGGAGCGGCGGACUCGCGUGUUUGAUGGCUGCUGGGGAUGGAGCCCAGCUGCCGGCCACCGUAGCGGCCAGUCGGAGCGUGGAGAAGGCUCUGGAGGAGGCUGCCGCCAGCGGCGCCCUCAACUUAUCCAACCGAAAACUCAAGGAGUUCCCCCGAACCGCCAGGAACUACGACCUGUCCGACAUCACCCACGCAGAUCUAUCCAAGAACCGCCUGUGUGAGCUCCCAGAGGAACUCUGCCACUUCAUUUCUCUGGAGACGCUGAGCCUCUACCACAAUGGAAUGCGAUCCCUGUCCUCCAACUUGGGAAACCUGCAGGCGCUCACCUACCUCAACCUCAGCCGUAACCUCCUGUCCAGUCUGCCCCCGUCGGUGUUCCAGCUCUCCCUUCUGCGAGUGCUCAUCCUCAGCAACAACAAGCUGACGUCCCUGCCGUCCAGCGUGUUCUCUCUGACGCAGCUACGACAGCUGGACGUCAGCUGUAACGAGCUGCAGAGUUUGCCGGCAGAACUCUGUCAGCUGGAGUGCCUGAGGGACCUGAACCUGAGGAGGAACCGGCUCACCACGCUGCCUGAAGAAAUUUCCGAGCUCCCGCUAGUUCGGUUAGAUGUGUCUUGCAACCGCAUCACCAACGUGCCCUUGUGCUACCGCCACCUGCGGCAUCUACAAGUCCUGCUGCUGGACAACAACCCCCUGCAGACGCCGCCCGCUCAGGUCUGCUCCAAAGGCAAAUACCACAUCUUCAAGUACCUGAACAUGGAGGCGUGUAAGAGGAGCCAGAGCGAGCUGGAGAAACACCUCCGACCCACGGGGUUCACCAGCUGCCUGUCGGACCACGAGCUGUUCACCAACCUGGACUCUGGCUUCAACAGCGUGGACAGCGGCAGCAAGCGGUGGUCCGGGAAUGAGUCUGCAGAUGAUUUUUCUGAACGCUCUCUUCGCUUGGCCGAAGUCAGCCGGGAUCAGACAAACCUGGAGGAGGAGGAGGAGGAGGAAGAGGACGGCCGCUCCCUGCCAGCUACCAACAGAGGAGGAAAACUCUGCUGUAAUGGAGAAGCAGAGCAGGUGGACUUCAUCGACAGCAAUGUUACAGAGGAAGAGGAGGAAGAGCUCCAGAUAGAUGCCCCCACACCGCCUCUGGAGCAGAGAGGAACAUCUUCAUCGUCUCAGAGCCAGGACUCGGCAACAACCAGAUCCAGCCUCCACAUUGAGGUGGACUCCAAUGCUUCAGCUUCCCCGUUGCCCCAGUCGCCCUCCAGCCCCAGCCUGGAGGAGCGCAGAGGCCCCAGCACCCUCUUCAUCUGGCAGGAGAGAGAGCGGCUGCAGCAGCAGAAGCAGAAGGCCGGUUUGUUGAAGUCGUCAACCAAGACAGGAAAUGUGGCAACGCCGGCGCCACAAACAGGAAGCAGCUCAUGUGGUAAUUCCCCAGAAAACGGCGGCACGCCUGCGGGGCUGCGGCAAAGAUGUGUGAGCGCCGAGCAGAUGAGCAUGACGCCCCCCACCGGGCCGCCUCCGCACCCCAGCAGCAGAACAGACAUGCCGUCCUCCCCGAAGGCGUCCUCUCCUCCUGGUCAGGCUCAGAAGCCCAACAGCUUCCUGUUUCGCGGCGCCUCACGGAGCAACGUCAAACCCACGCAGGCCGUCUUCACUCUCGGGGAGUCUGGCCGCAGCGAAUCACGGACGACGCUGCGCUCGUCUAAGGAGGACAGGCCGGACGUGAUCCAACUGCGGAAGACCCUGGAGACCCGGCUGAAGACGACGCUCCCCGAGGAUCUGGGCGAGGCUCUGUCCAACGGCGUCAUCCUAUGCCAGCUGGUCAACCUCAUCCGACCGCGCUCCAUCGCCAUCAUCCACGUCCCGUCGCCUGCAGUGCCCAAGCUCAGCUCCCCCAAGUCUCGCCUCAACGUUGAAAACUUCAUCGCCGCUUGUCGCAAGCUGGGAGUUCCUGAGACUGAAGUGUGUGCGUGCUCUGAUGUGCUUCUGUGUAAGCUGUCCGCUGUGCUGCCGUGUGUGACGGCUCUGCUGACCACGGAGGAGGACCCCGUCAGCCGCCCCUCGCCGCCGCCGCCCCCUCUGUCCUCGCUGCUGUCGGCAGACUUCUUCUUCUUUUACUGCGCUGUCAUGACUCUCCUCUGCGCCUUCUACUACUGCCUGCUGACCUAACGCUGGCCAACGCCACGGAGCCGCUCCACGCCGCCGCUCCUGCACAGCCACAUCAGAGGAACCCGUUCAGAGCGUCAGCUGCUCAGACGCCGUAAGCCGCCGUGGCCUUAAGCCGUCCCCCUGGAGGACGUUUGUCUGCAGCUGCUCUGUGGCAGAAAGACGUUCAGCACUAAAGACAGAUCCAGCAACACACAGCGGCGUUCAGAGCCCCCCCUCUGGCGGGAAAGGCGUUUGGACCCAACCGUUUUUCCUGCAGCUGCAUGUUCUCUGCAGAAGCUGAAGUGAGCGUCCAGCCGUUAGUGAGGCUGAAUUCACAGCCAGCGGCGUUUCUGCCUCAAAGGGACUCACUCUGUGGCUGAACUGUCGGUUUUUCUAGAAACGGUUCAUCACACGGGUUUGUAAGGGUGGGGGUCCAGCUGACCCCCAUCAGAAACAGAGUUCUGGAGCCGUGCACGGAAACCUUCCAGCCUGAGCGGUAAGGAUGAACAGGAAGCUCCUCUUCAGGAGGGUGGGGGGAAAGCGUCAGAGCGGCGGCGUCUCGACCUUUGAGGCCGUGGACCGACCUGAGAUGAGGCCGCUGUCGGAUGUAGGCGGGGGAGGUGAAGCAGGGAGUCGGCGUCACGGUGGCCCCACAGACGGUACAGACCCUCUCUGGAGGUCAGGGGGGGGGGGUUCAGCCACUGAACCUGCUUGUAUACAUGUAAACAAUCAUUAAAUUAUUUCCUCUAUUAAUUUAUCUGGAUCUGUGUUCUGGUCUGUGGUGGCGCCUCGUUGAAGGGGUUCAUUGGGGGAGGAGACUUUAGAAUAACAUGGAUGGAAAUGAGGAGCAGAUCAGAGAUGCUGAUGGGACGACGGCUUUCUGAGGAAUUCUGGUGUCGCCUUUGACUGACGGAAGCUUCAACAGAAACGGAGGAGAAACCUGCAGCUUCAGCUGGGGGGGGGGGAGCAGUGGAAAGGUUCCCCUGUGGAAUCACCAGAAGCUGAUGUUUUCCGUUCUGGUGGUUGGUCUGGGCCUGACCUCGUUGUUGUUGGACUCUUCCUUUCAGCUCUGACAUCUCGGUUUCGGCGUUCCUGUUGUUGUUUUGAGGCAGAAUCGUUUUCCUUCCAGACGGUGCUCAGCGGUUACUCGUGGCCGUUUGGCGUGCUGGCCGCUGUCACAGGGCGUUAAGGCCCGCCCAGCCUGACGGUCGACGGCCGGUCUGUUGUUUGCAUGCUGGGAUGGACGGACAGGCUGAGGAAGAGCCGUUUCCACGGCGAUGCUCCUGGGUUUGGUUUGCAGUCACGUUUCCUCUCUGGGACGUCCGACUUGUUUCAGUCAUUUCUCCAGUUUCCCGUCAGAUGUAUAUUUUAAUAAUUUAAGGAGGACGAGGACUGUCAGCCACAGAGACGGCGUUGUUUUCUAUUUAUGAACUGCCUUUGUGUUACUUUCUACAAAUCUUUAUGUCAAAUGUUUUCUUCCUGCUGUAAAGAGAUGAUUAAAAAUGUAAAUGUU